UGCAAUAAAACUCACGAAGAAGAAGCGCCUCCUUCACAUGUGGGGAUAAAGAAUCUCCGUCACCAGAGAAAAGCAGAAUAAAACUCUUUCAGUGGAGGAGUCAGCUCACUGACCGAGUUGCCAUGGCCUCCUACACCUGCAUCAGCUGCCGGGUGGCCUUCGCGGACGGAGAGGUUCAGCGAGCGCACUACAAAACCGACUGGCACCGGUACAACUUGAAGAGGAAGGUGGCCGACAUGCCGCCCGUCACCGCCGAGAACUUCCAGGAGCGCGUCCUGUCGCAGAGGGCGGCCGCCGAGCAGCAGGUGGCCGAGUCGGCGGCCGGCGAGGCCUGCUCCAUCUGCAGCAAGAGGUUCUCCAGCGCCAACGCCUACCAGAACCACCUGCAGUCCCACAAGCACCAGCAGGCCGAGAAGCAGGCCCUGCUGGCCGCGCAGAGGAAGGUGCAGAUGAUGAACGAGAAGAACCUGGAGAAGGGACUGGCCGACGACAAGGCGGACCACGACUCCAGGAACGAGGCCCUGCAGCAGGCGCUGAAGGAGCAGCAGCGGCCGAGUCCGGCCAAGCAGGGCGGGCCCCCGUCCUCACCCGGAUCCAAGAGACGGAGGACGGAGAAGUCCGGGAAACCGCCCAGGGUGAUGUGGCUGGAGGAGCAGGCCAAGAAACGAGAGGGAGGAGAGGGGGCCGCCGCCGAGGAAGAGGACUGGGAAGAUGUGGAGGAUGAGGAGGAUGAUGAUAUGGAAGAGGAGGAGGAGGAGGAGGAGGAGGAGGAGGAGGAAGAGGAGGAGGAGAACGUGAUGGACCAGGAGGACGGCGACACCACGGCGUCGUCACAGGCCGACCCCACUCCUCUGCCGGGCUCCAUCCCGCCCACCGACUGCCUCUUCUGCUCCCAUCACUCCAAGUCGCUGCUGAAGAACGUGGCCCACAUGACCAAAGUGCACAGCUUCUUCAUCCCGGACGUGGAGUUCCUGGUGGACCUCAGAGGCCUCCUCCGCUACCUGGGAGAAAAGGUCGGUGCGGGGAACGUGUGUUUGUGGUGCAACGAGAAGGGCCGCUCCUUCUACUCGGCAGAGGCCGUGCAGAGUCACAUGACCGACAAGAGCCACUGCAAGCUGUUCACCGACGGAGACGCCGCUCUGGAGUUCGCCGACUUCUAUGACUUCAGGAGCAGCUACCCCGCCGGGCAAGAAGGCGAGGACGAAGACGCCGAGGACGAGGAGCUGCCCGACGACCAGAACCUGGAGUACGACGACGACACGCUGGAGCUGACUCUCCCCUCAGGGGCCACCAUCGGCCACCGCUCCCUCAUGAGGUACUACAAGCAGAGGUUUGGGCUGCAGCGGGCCGUGACGCUGAGCCACAACCGCAACGCCGUCGGACGCCUCCUCCGGCAGUACAAGGCCCUCGGCUGGGCGGGAGACGCAGGAAACGGCUCCUUCCAGAAGCACAAGGACAUGCGCUGUGUGCAGCGGAUGAAGUCCCGCUGGAUGCUGAAGAUGGGCAUGAACAACAACACCACCCGGCAGAAGCACUUCAGAGCCCAGGUCAUGUUCUGAAGCAGCAGGGACCGCCGGGUUCUGGUGGCCCGGGAGGUUCUGGUGGCCCGGGAGGUUCUGGUGGACCGGUCUGGUUCCUGGCCACGGCUCAGCCGUGUCGUGACUUUAUUGGGUUUAAGGCUCAACGGCCUUCUGGACGUCCGCGAGGAAGCUCCGCUCCGUCAAACUCCACCGAACACCAGACCAGCGUUUAUAUCCGUACAGUUACUCUUAACUUAUAUUAAUGAGCUGAAAGGAUUUAAAAACAUCACAGCAGAGUCUGUUCAGGUCUGGGACUUUUUCAUUUUAUUUUUUUAAUUGUAAACACGGGUAAAUAAAUAUAAAUCAGAUUUAUUCCUUGCGUGCCCAUCUGUGUGUGUCCUGGUGUCCUGGUAAAUCUCUAGUCAUUUUCUUUGAAUACAUUUCUUUGAAUUUUGCCCCAAUUUCAUUUUGAUCAGUUUCUGAUAAAGUUACUAAACAGACUUCUGACUCAGUUUCUAAAAAGAUUAAUUAAAUCUUUAAAUCUUGUGUGUAAAAGUCAGGAGAAUUGAUCUGGACUGCUUUUUAACUUUCUCUGGGGGAUUUCUUUUUUUUUUCCAAUUUUUUUUUUUUUAUUGAUGUUUUCGGGGAAAAGUUCAUGAACUAAUGAAUUAUAAGGAGUAGAAACCUGCUGAAAACAUGGACAGACCCUUGUGGACCAGGAACCGGAGCCGGGACUGGGGGAGGUUGGACUCACAUCAGGCGCGUGUCCGGGAACGCCGGGAACGUGCACCGAAGUCACAUGACCUGUUCAGACAGGGAAAAUAAAUAAAUAAAUAAAUACAUAAAUAUAUAAAAUGG